AGUGGGGGAAGUGGAGGACACCCCAGAGACCGUCUUCUUUUUACUGCUAACCUCCUGGUCGGAGGAAUGUUGCUGUCUGGAGAAAAUAGCGAGCUGAACAAGCUGAGGAUGGGCGGAUCCCUCCGAUCGGCCUAAUCCAUAGCUUAUUCCGGACGGGGCGAGUGACUGGCAGGGACCCUAACCCUAGUGCUCAAAGAGGGAAUCCCUGCAUGAGGAUGAAUAAAAUUGUGUCCGCCAUUUUAUGCAGAUCAUGAACAGUCAGUCAGUCCCUUCGGUUUUGGUCAGAUGAGAUGCAAUGCAAUCUUGCGCCCGCUGCCUCGUCAUCUUCACAGCAGACAUGCUCGCAACAUCGCCGAAUCCCCGCAAAUGGAGACGCAUGGACUCCGGCAUCGGAGAGUCCGUUGGAGAAAUGAACACAGACUCACUGUGGACGUGCUUGAUUCACCCCCACCUUGAGAAGCGGAGAAUCACCGGCGAAGCAAAAGCGGGGAUGAGUUGUUGGACCUUCCUGAUCAGGACAGAAACGGAAACAAAUCCGGUCAAAAGGCAGGGAAGGUUAGUCAGCUCGACAUACCUACCUUUUUCCGUUACGGGUAACCAUCGCCAUCAAGGGAUCAGAUCUGAUCCCAUCCAGAUCAUCCGAUCACUGGUAAAUUGGCGACGGAGGAUGGUUUCGUCUGCACACCAUCAUGACCAAUUGCUCCUGCUCUGGCUGGAUGGGGAGGAAUCCACGUUGGAAGAAAUCGGAGUUGGCGAGGAAAAAGCAAUCAAAUUCCCAUCCCGCGAAAGGGUCCAUGCGCGCUCCCUUCAACCCAGCAGCAGCAGAAGCAGCAGCUAGAAAAGGUGUGGACGAGAGGACAUCCUUUACCCCGUUCUCAAACGAGACCCAUGCACGAGCGCAACUGUCAGCUUUUUAUAUGGUGCGGUGCGGUGAGAGAGAUCUCAUCCCUUCUGCAUUGCUGGAAACGGAACCCCUUGAUGGGAUGGUGCUGAAUCGGGAAAACAAAGUUCAAUGAAUGAUGCAAUGCCGCACGGUGAUCUAGCUGCCUAUUCGUGCUGCUGCAUC